CAAUUUGAGCCACUAACUCAGCCAGCAAUUACAACAAUUCCAGCGCCAUGGCGCCGAAGUGGUCCACGAACGAGGCUCUUCGAGUCAGCCCUAAGGCACAAACAAGCAGUCCACAGCCCCUUCAGCACGCCGGGCCUGAGGCAAUCGCCAUCAUCGGCAUGGGAUGUCGCUUCCCUGGCGACUCGAACACACCAGAUGAGUUUUGGAAUAUGCUGCUCGAGAAGCGCAAUGGCUUCUCGCGGCCACCGCCCUCACGAUUCAACAUAGAAGGCUUUCAUUCCAAGAAGAAGAGGCCCGGAUCAAUACGACCCGAAGGCGCCUGCUUCGUUUCUGACACCAUCUAUGACUUCGAUUCGCCAUUCUUUGGCAUAACGAAGUCUGAGGCUGAGGCCAUGGAUCCUCAGCAACGAAAGCUGCUCGAGACUGUGUACGAAGCCCUCGAACAAGGCGGCAUUACUCUUGAGCGUGUUUCCGGCUCAAAGACUGGGGUAUACGUCGGGAACUUCAACUACGAUUAUGGCGUGCAGAACCUACGUGAUGCAGAUUACCCUCGCGACUACAGCAUGACUGGACAGGGUGUGACAAUACUGGCAAAUCGCAUCAGUUACGUCUUCAACCUCACUGGACCGAGCGUGACGCUUGACACGGCCUGCUCUUCGUCCAUGUACGCAACUCACAUGGCCUGCCGUGCUCUCUCAUCUGGUGAGAUCGAUGGCGCCAUCAUUGGCGGCACGAAUCUCAUUCAGUCAAUCGAGAACCACAUGAGCACCGAUGCGAUGGGUGUGCUGUCUCCGACUUCUCACAGUCACACCUUCGAUUCCUCUGCUGACGGCUACGGUCGCGGAGAAGGCGUGGGUGCCAUCUACGUGAAACGCUUGUCUGACGCUCUCCGCGACGGCGACCCAAUCCGUGGCCUGAUUCGAGGUACUGCUGUCAACUCUUGUGGCAAGACCAGCGGUAUCACACAACCAAGUGCCACAAGUCAAAGCGCAGUUAUCCGCGACGCUUACGGAUUCGCGAAGAUUUCGGAUCUUGACGAAACCGGCUACUUCGAGACACAUGGCACAGGGACCUCCGUUGGCGAUCCCAUUGAGCUGCACGGUAUCGCAGAUGUAUUUGCAUCAUCAACGGGCCAGCGGCGACGACACCCCCUUUUGCUCGGCGGCGUGAAGCCCAACACUGGCCAUGCCGAAGCUGCUUCUGCUAUAGCGUCCAUUCUGAAGGCCGCUUACAUCUUGGAGAAAGGUACGAUACCCGCGACUAUUGGCAUCAAGAAAUUGAACGGGCAACUCGACUUCCGCGGCGGAGAACUGGAGGUGGUACAGGAGAACAGACACUGGCCCACUGAACAUGAAAUCCGGCGUGCUAGUGUGAAUUCGUUCGGAUAUGGAGGCGCCAACGGUCACGCAAUCGUCGAGGCAGUAUCAUCGGUCUUGCCCGGUUACCAGUCAUUCAAAACGCGUGAAACUUCAAGACAAAAUGUCACUACGGCAAAAAUCACCGGUACCAUGGGCUCUGGAGAAUCUACAUUCUUCACCAAGGAGAGAACACAAUUCCUCCUUCCGUUCUCGGCUCAUGACCUUGAUACGCUCAGAGCCAACAUUGCAGCCACGCGUGAUGUGGCCGACCAAUACGAUACCGAAGACUUGGCUUAUACGCUUGCUGCUCGGCGCUCACGCUUUUCUCAUCGAGGCUAUGCGGUCGUCAAUAAGACGUCCACUGCCCAUGACCUCGAAGAGCAGGCAAUCAGCAUUGGCAAGCGAGGGCAUGGAGCCAACAUCGUUUUUGUCUUCAAUGGGCAAGGAGGUCAAAGCGUGCAGAUGGGCAAAGACCUUAUGCAAGAUUUCCCGUCGUACUUGCAAAGCAUUCGAGAACUUGACAAAGUCCUCCAAUCCCUGGGAAAGCAUGCACCCCCGUGGUCGCUCGAGACUGAACUGCUCAAGGCGGAAACCGCAAGUCGGGUGCAGGAGGCGCAGUUGUCUCAACCUCUCUGCACUGCUGUUCAAAUUGCUCUGGUCGAUCUGUUGGACACUUGGGACGUAAGAGCAAAGGCGACUGUUGGCCACUCUUCGGGUGAGAUUGCUGCUGCGUACGCUGCUGGCACGAUUUCCAGGUCGGAGGCUAUAAUUUUCGCUUACUUUCGUGGUGUUGCCGUCGUUGAUGGUAAUGACAAGGGCCAAAUGAUUGCAGUGGGCUUGAGCGCGGAAGAGUGCGAGCCAUAUCUGGAAGACGGCGUCGUUAUUGCUUGCUAUAACUCGCCCAUUUCGGUGACUUUGAGUGGCGGCGCAGAUGCCAUCUCACACGUUCAAGCAAAGCUUGAGAGGGACAACAUUUUCACGAGAGCGAUCAAUACGGGCGGGCGAGCCUACCAUUCACACCACAUGGGAGAGCCAGCAAUCAGCUACCUCGACAAUUUACAACACGCCCUCAAACUGAAUGAUAGCAUCGCGCAGAGAUCAGGCAAGCUUGCACGCGAUGCCGUAUUCUCGUCCUCGGUAUACGGCACAGUGAUGGAAACUGGCUUCCGCCCGGGACCUGAAUACUGGACAAAGAAUUUGAAAUCUCCAGUGCUUUUCUCUCAAGCACUGCAUGCUUUGCUGUCCAGCACCAAGCUCAAAUUGGACACCAUCAUUGAGAUAGGCCCCCACUGCACACUUGCGUCCCCCAUCCGACAGCUGAGAGACAAGCUCGACAGAAAGCACGAGGAACUCGCAUAUUUCGCAUCACUCGUGCGGGGACACAACAGUACCUUGAAGAUGCUGGACCUCGCCGGCGCCUUGUUCAUUAAAGGUCACGACAUUAGCCUCGCUGCGGUCAACUCCAUCGAGCGGAUGGUAGAUGGCACCUUGAAGCGUACUGCUGGCAAAACGUUAGUGGACCUCCCACCCUACAAAUGGAAUUAUGAGAACGGCAGAAACCUUCGUCUCAAGAACAGAUUCACUGAAGAGUACCGACUGCGCAAGUUUCCACGGCAUGAUCUUCUAGGCUCUAGGAUUACUGGCGGCAUUCGGGACAGGCCACAAUGGCGAAACCUCCUGGAUCUCAAAGGUCUGUCAUGGCUAGAGCAGCACAAGCUGUCGGUGCAACCUGUGUUUCCAGCCAUGGGAUACAUCGCAAUCGCGGUCGAAGCCGCGCGCCAGUUCUUUUCCGAGUUUCUCAUCUUCAGGAAUCGAUUCCGCUACGUCUUCCCUCAGAUCACCAUCAAAGCAGCACUGAACCUGCCAACCGCAGGUACUCACGUCGAGGUUCUGACGAGCAUGCAAUUCCAGCAGAUCUCUGACUCCACUGCAUCCAAAGAGACUGCUGUCUUUUCCAUUCAAUCCUGUAGCAACGGCAUCUGGACGGAGCACGCUACAGGCAAAGUCAAGAUUGAGCGAGGCGACCCAAUGCAGCCACUUUUCGAAGAAGCCAAGCUGCAAGAGCCAAAGACAGCCCAUACAUGGUAUCGAGGCUUCUCCAAUGUCGAUCUGAACUAUGGCGCCGCGUUCAGUGGUUUGAGCGACAUUCGAUCCGAUCCGUGGGAGAACGAAGUGACCGCUUUGACGAAGUUGCUGCCCGCGGGCGUUGAUCAAGAUGACUCCCGCUACUUGGUGCACCCAGCAACUAUGGACACAUGCAUUCAAGCAGCGUUGAUAGCUGCUCAUCACGGUUCGCUCAAGGAUCUCCGUCACUCCUUCAUCCCAGUCAGCAUGGACAAUCUGGUCGUCUGGAACUACGACGGCCGUGACAUUCCUGCAUUGCAACCAGCAGAUGGACGCGUACUGGCAGUUGGCAGCAAGAGCGGUGAGCGCAAGCUUGUUGGAACAAUGCAACUCUUUGAUCCGGAAGGUCGCCCGCUCUUUGCCAUCGACCGGAUCAAUUGUGUCAAGUACGCGGACAAGCUGAUAUCCAAUACUCAGCCUGACAGCCAUCCUCACCUUCGUGUAGUUUGGAAGCCAGAUGUGGACCACCCUAAUGCGUUUGCAACCCCAAUUCGAGUUCCACAAGCUCUAUUACGGAUGUGGGCAGAAAGCUUGGUCUCGACAGCGAGGACGCGCCUGACUCAUCCAAUAGCCAAAGCUGUUCUCGAAGCUCUGCCCGGAAACUAUGCUUCUCAGGCCGUGGAAGAGCCCUCUCUUGAUUUCGGGAGCGAAGGCAUGGGUGAGGAGAUCUUCGAGCUUGAAAGUUUGGUAUUGAACACCUUCCGGCAUCUUGGUAAGGACUAUCGACCACCAAGCGAAGGGGUCAUGCCAGAGACAUUCCAGAAAGCUCUCGACCUCGUCACCCACAAGCGGUCCAACCUGGAUAUCCUACUUCUGGUGGACGGAAACAACACCGACAUCUUCCGCACACUCGAAUCUACGCUUAAGAGCAAAUCAUCACUCAAGCGCUAUCGCACACUGGACAUUGUCGUGACGAACGGUCAGGCAAAUUCUACUCUGGUUCGGAGUCUUGCGGACUUUCGUCAGGUUCUAUUCACCGAGAGCAACAUUUUCGCUUUCCCGGAUGAAAUGGCGACUGCCUACGAUCUCAUUGUCAUUGCACAGCCGCCGUCCUAUUUACAGAAACCCGUCAUCCUGAACGAGUUUCUCAACGACAUGAAACGACAUCUCAAGGAGCGAGGACGACUUCUUAUCGCCGAAGGUCGUCAUGAUCUGGAUGCUGACACUGGCCAUAUCUUGGACACCAUAGCCUCGGGGCUGGGCGAGUCCUUUUCCAGCCAACCUUUCGACAACUGGUCUGAAGCCAUCAAGAAGCAAGACUUUGAUGUUCGCUUCGCCGACUCGCAACCAACUGGCUGGACACUGCUCACUGCAGAGGUUUCGUCGCAGCAGAGGACUGCGGAUCUCAUCCUUCUUUCUCGCCAAGAAGACUGCAAUGUGACUGAGGUCUUUCACAAAGGUCUUAAGAAAGCCGGCUUCCAGGUGUCUCGUGCAAGUCUCGCGAGUCACGACUUCGUGGCGAAAGACAACGCAACUUAUGUCUCAAUCGUCGAAUUCGGGGACAGCUUGUUUGAUACCCUUGACCCAGUGGAGUUUGGGAACCUGCAAGCGAUUGCGAACAAGGCCGGUACUGUCGUCUGGACUACCACUGGCAACCUCCUCGGCGAGGCUAAUGCACGUGCUGCUGCCAUUCUUGGUCUUGCACGCACUCUGCAGAAUGAGAAUCUGGCCCUGCAAUUUUACACGAUCGACCUCGAUCACAAGAACGCGAAACUGGGUGCUUGCCAGGUAGCGUAUCUCCUGCACAGCAUUGACGCCGAGGAUGCCGCGGGUGAUAACGAGUUCGUGGUCAAGAAUGGUGCUUAUUACGUGAGCCGGUUGAGCGAGGACGUUACGCUCGAUGCUGAGGUCCAGAAGAAAACCAGCAACAAGCUCACGAAGAAAUCGGUUACUUCGGAAUCGCCAGUUCGUCUCGCUAUCGAGCGAGUCGGCGCCUUCGACACGCUUCACUUCGUCGCAGACGAUCGCGAUUCAUCUCUCAAGAUUGGGCAAGUCGAGGUCGCCGUGAAGUCUGUUGGCUUGAGCAUGAAAGACGUUGCGAAAUUUCAAGGAGACCCUGAUUUCGAAUCUCACUGUUACGAGGGUGCUGGGAUCAUCCGUCGUGUGGCACCGGGAGUCACCAAAGUUGCUGUCGGUGACUGCGUGACAUGGAUCGGAAAGGGCGCUUUCGCGAAUGUCGAGCGCUUCGACGCCAUUCAUGUCCACAAGCUCUCGCACACAGACAAGCUGGAAGUGGUCGCCGCGAUGCCUCUUGCCUUUUCUACGGCCAUCUAUGGACUCCUGCAUCGGGGCCGUCUCCGUUGGCGGGAGAGAGUCUUGAUUCACUCCGCCACGGAUGGCGUUGGCCUAGCUGCUAUACAAGUGGCGAAGAUGGUAGGCGCAGAGAUCUUUGCGACCGUUGCUACAGAAAAGCAGAAGGCCUUUCUCAUGAAGCACUACGGUCUUGACAACGCACAUGUCUUCAGCUCUGCGGACACUGGCUUUGCGCAUGAAAUAAUGGACACAACGAAAGCCUAUGGAAUUGACGUCUGUUUAAGUUCUUUGGAAGGCGAGCUGCUGCACGCAUCAUGGGGUCUGAUGGCCGUCGAUGGCCGCUACGUCAAUUUCGGAAGCCACGAUUCAUUGGACCACGGCAGUCUUGACUUUGAGGUCUUCAAACGCAGUGCAACUUUCACCGCCUUUGACUUGGGAGCUCUGGCUGAGGAGCGUCCCCAUGUUCUUGCCGGAGUCAUGCAAGAGGUGCUUCAGUACUUCCGAGAAGGCAAAAUCAAGCCUCUGCACCCAACUUACACCUGCAGCGCCGGCGACAUUGAUGUCGCCUUUCAACAAGUCUCCCAUGGCGAUAACAUCGGCAAGCUCGUUGUCAGUUUCGAUGGCCAGCCAUUGAAGGUGAAAGAAAAUGCUGAAGGCGUCAAGUUCAGGUCUGACGGGACAUACCUUUUGGUUGGCUGUCUUGGGGGGCUUGGUCGCUGCCUCUCACGCUGGAUGGUCGAGAAAGGCGCCCGCAACUUGACCUUCUUGGGUCGUUCCGGCGCGAGCAGCAAAGCAGCUGCUCAAUUUGUGUGCCAGCUGCAAGCUCGCGGCGUCACAGUCAACGUAAUCAAAGGCGACGUGAGCAGCAAAGCCGAUGUCGAGCGUGCGGUCGCCAACGCUGCUGUCCCAGUCCUCGGCGUUGUACAAGGAGCGAUGGCGUUGCAAGAUUUCCGUUUUGACAAGCUCAAUCUGGAUCAGUGGAAUGCGGCGAUUCGUCCCAAGAUUCAUGGAACAUUGAACCUACAUGAAGCACUUUUCGGCCAACCACUGGAAUUCUUCAUCAUGUUGUCUUCGAUCGCAGGCAUGACCGGAAACGCAACACAGUCGAACUACUGCACCGGAAACACCUUCAUGGACUUUUUCGCACGCCAUCGCAGACAACAAGGUCUUCCUGCUACGACGAUCGCUCUUACAAUGGUACAAGAAAUUGGCUUCGUGUCCCAAGACGAGAAGAUUGAGCAAGGACUUGCUCACACUGGACUGGUAGCUAUCAACGAGAAAGAGUUCAUCGAUCUGAUGGAGACAGCUAUGCUUCCGCAACCGAAGCCGACCUGGACUGGCGACGAUAAUGCAACUGCUCUGCUGAUCUCCGGACUUGACCCAGCCAAGAUCUCGCCCGAUGUUCUCACUUCCGGCAACCGCUUCUGGCACCAGCCUCGUCUGGGUCCUCUCACAGUGGCAUUAGAAGAGAAACUAGCAGAAAGCUCGGACGGCAACGAUAAGCAAGCUGCACCUGGUCAUGAUCUUCCAUCCCUCUUGGAAGCUGUCCAGAGGUAUCUUGCAAAAACCUUUGGUAUUUCGGCGGACGAUGUGGAUGAGUUGAAACCUUUGAUCGACUUUGGUAUGGACUCCAUGAUCGGCAUCGCGCUGAGGAACUGGGUGUUUGCAACCUAUGAUGUGAAAAUCCCGACAUCGGAUAUCAUGGGAACGACUCUAAGCGCGCGAACACUAGCGGAGCAGAUCCACGAUGGACUGCAAGCAUCUUGAGAUGGACUUGUGCAGAGGUUAUAGAUGGUAUUUUUGAGCUUCAACCCCAGGGCGAACAGGACAACGGUACGAGGUAUUGGUGAGCACUCUCCACUCAGAAGGAACCGAACCGGAGACACAUGACUAUGUAAUGUCUGCAUCACAAAAGUAGCUU